UUCUCUGGGCAACAUUGGCCAAGGGUCUCACCACCCUCACAGCAAAGAAUUUCUUCCUGAUAUCUCAUCUCAGUUUCCCCUCUUUCAGUUUAAAACCCUUCACCCUCGUCCUAUGUCUCCCUUCCCUGAUCAAGAGUCCCUCCCAGCUUUCCUGGAGCCCCUUUAGGGACUGGAAGGGGCUCUAAGGUCUCCUCAGAGCCCUCUUUCCUCAAGCCUGAACCCCCCCAAGUCUCUCAGCCUGUCCUCACAACAGAGGGGCUCCAGCCCUCAGAGCAUCUCCGUGGCCUCCUCUGGACUUGUUCCAACAGGUCCGUGUUGAGGACUCCCAAGCUGGAUGCAAUACUCCAGGUGGGAUGUCACCAGAGUGGCAUAGAGGGUAGAUUCACCUCCCUCAAUCUCCUGGCCAUGCUUCUUUUGGUGCAGCCAGGAUGCAGUUGUCUUUUCUUUUAACAUUGAAUAUGUGCCUUGCUUCACCUUCCAGACCCUGAACUGAGCUUUCUCUUUGUUGGGUAAGUUAAAUAGUACUGUAAUGUCUAAAAUUGCCUCUCCAUUUAAAUACUCUUUCCUGUGAUGAAGUUGUGUUUCCUUCUUCUUGAUGAAUGAAAAAGAAUCUCUCCAGAAUAUCAGGACAUUAUGAUACAUCUCCUCACCUCCAGGAGCCACAUAAAUUCCACAUAGGAACAGUCUACAGAGAAGGUGGAGUUACUGAAUGCCUUCUUUGCUUCGGUCUUCACUGUUAACGCUGUCCCUCAAGCUGGAACAGGGGAUGUUCUAUUCAAAUAUGGGGAAAAGCUUCUUUCCAGUGAGGGUGACGGAGCCCUGGAAGAGGCUGCCCAGGGAGGGUGUGGAGUCCCCUUCUUUGGAGAUCUUCAAGACCUGCCUGGAUGCUCCUGAGUGAUGUGCUCUAGGUGUUCCUGCUUUGGCGGGGGAGUUGGACCAGAUGAUCUCUAGAGGUCCCUUCCAACUCCAACAAUUCUGUGAUUCUGUGAUUCCAUGAUCCUCACUGCAUGGCUCUAAGUUUGCCCCAUCCUCCCUCAACUGCCAAACCCUCACACUGCUCUCGGGACCACAGGGACAGCUUCGGCCUUCUUUGCUCUCUGCUGUUCCCGACUACCCUUGUAGGAAUCCUUGUCUGCCAGCAUCCAACUCGGCCAUUUGCCCCAAGCUAUGCAUUGUUGGUCAAGCGUGCUGUGCAGACCUCAGGUUGGCAAGCUGUGACAUCACCUUCAAUUUAUUUCAGACACUUUGAACUGAAAAAAUACCCACAGCCCAUGGCCAAGGGCAGCAUGUGAAGCCUGAGCAGACAUGGGCCAAGGACUGUGUUGAUGCAGCCAACUCACCUGAGAGGAUUUCCAUCUUGAGAAGUGGUGGUGAAAAACCUACCACGGCCUUCAUGGAAAAUCAUUUACCUGGAUUUUUUCUUGAAUAAAAGAUAACUUAAUUUAAAUAUUAGAUUAUUGGGAAGAAAUUCAUUUUAUCUAGAAGUGAUUGACACCUGUUGGAAGCAAUAGGACUACUAAUAGGCUUGUUCAUGUACAGAUGCCCUUAACAAGUCUAUUGUUCCUCUUUUGAGGGAAUCACCACUCCACAAGUCAUUACAAUCAUUCGCCAUCUGCACGAUCAGGAACAUCUCAGUAUUUAGAACAUGCUGUGAGCUUCAGCACCAACGCAUUGAAUUCUCGUACCCAACACCUGACUUGCAGCAUUUGAAGACUGAAUGGUGAAGAGAAAACCUGAAUGGUCUGGAGGAAUAAAUAAAAAUGGACCUCUGCACUUUUCGAAAAGAGCUCUUGAUUACAAAUCUGGCAGAAAUUACGUUUGCAGAAGGAAUCCAGGCAGUAUUGUUUUAUAUCUUGGGUACUCAAUUAAAAAAGUGUCCCUUAUAAAGAUCAGAAAUGUGACAUUCAGCUAUUAGAGAGGAAGGGAAAACACUCCUGAGGAUAGCUUUGUCCCAAGCACAGGGACAUCAAUUACAUGCCCAGAUGUUUCUUUUUUGGACUUUCACUCUUCAGUAUUGAUGUAUGCACUUCACAGAAGAUUAGUUCAGAAAAGAGGUGUGAAUAAAAGAUAAUAAAGAAUGAUGUAAUCAUCUGCAAAAUGAAAAUGAAAAACACCUACAUUCCCACCAUGUAUAGUACUGCUUGUAUUAUUAUACACCAGAAUCAUGUCUGGAUGAUUAUGUUAACAUUUUGCUGUAACAAUGUCAUUGAUGUGAUAGGAAAUCUAGCUUAGGAGAGUACUGUGUAAGCUGAUUUUCAACAAGUUAAUAUUUCUUCAGUGUUGCACUCUAGUAUGAAAAGUCCUAUUUCGGCAAAAAAGUAAGUGUCCCAGAAAGAUUACACUGGAAAGUGGAAAGUGAAAUCGGAGCAGAGGAUGACUCAGUAUAACCAUUCAUCAGAGCUCUCUCUCCAGAGCUCAGCAAAUAUAUCAUUAAAUUUCACUGAAACGCCGCUGGCUUUGGAUGAAAGGACACUAUUAGGGCUGAGGAUCUCACUGUCCGUCCUUCUGUCUGUUAUAACUUUGGCAACAAUCCUUGCAAAUGUUUUUGUUGUUAUUACAAUUUUUCUGACUAGAAAGCUCCACACACCUGCAAAUUACCUUAUUGGCUCCUUGGCAGUGACUGAUCUCUUAGUUUCUGUCUUAGUAAUGCCCAUCAGUAUUGCUUACACUGUCACCCACACGUGGGCUUUUGGCCAGGUGUUGUGUGAUAUCUGGUUAUCAUCAGACAUCACGUGCUGCACAGCCUCAAUCCUACACCUCUGUGUUAUUGCACUGGACAGAUACUGGGCUAUCACAGAUGCUUUGGAAUAUGCCAAACGCCGGACUGCUAGCCGAGUAGCGCUCAUGAUUGCCGUGGUCUGGAUGAUAUCUAUUAGUAUUUCUGUGCCACCAUUUUUCUGGAGGCAAGUGAAAGCUCAUGAAGAAAUUGCAAAGUGUACUGUGAACACAGAUCAAAUUUCCUACACAAUUUAUUCCACUUGUGGAGCUUUCUACAUCCCAACUGUCCUCCUCCUGAUAUUGUAUGGCAGAAUUUAUGUAGCGGCUCGAUCCAGGAUUCUGAAGCCACCCUCAUUAUAUGGGAAACGCUUUACUACUGCACACCUGAUUACUGGCUCUGCUGGGUCCUCUCUCUGCUCCAUUAAUGCUAGCCUUCAUGAAGGGCAUUCCCAUUCAGGUAGAUCCCCAAUAUUUAUCAAUCAUGUUAAAAUAAAACUUGCAGAUAGUGUCCUUGAAAGGAAAAGAAUUUCUGCUGCUAGAGAAAGGAAAGCCACCAAAACUUUAGGCAUUAUUCUGGGAGCUUUCAUUUUCUGCUGGCUGCCUUUUUUUGUCAUGUCCCUAGUCCUACCAAUCUGCCAAGAUGCUUGUUGGUUUCAUCCCAUCCUGCUGGACUUUUUUACAUGGUUAGGUUACUUAAACUCAUUGAUCAAUCCAGUCAUUUAUACAGCUUUUAAUGAAGAAUUUAAGCAGGCUUUCCAAAAACUAAUAUAUUUCAAAAAGUGUUCGUCUUGAUCGUCUCCUGUUGUGCUACUGGCCCUUGUGCAAUCUUGUAGCCUACCUGGAAGCUUUCUGUGCUUUUAUUCCUAAGGUACGGAGUAGUAAUUGCCAUCUCUGCUGCCAUGCUGUGCUGUGCAUGUAACUGGGAUCUUCUUGCCACUUUGGUACUUUCUGUCUGGAAUUCUGUAUCUCAUAACAGAACUUGUCUGUGGUCUCUGCAGUGAUCACUUGUGUAUGUAAGAGCAACACCAGAAGUAAGCUUUGUAACAAGUGGAGGCAUGUGAACCAGAGAGCUGAGUUUGUCUGAUGAGGUGACAUGUAUCAUCCAUUUCUGCCAUGCCUUUGUAACCUGACAGGAGGAAAAUGUGUGCAUAUUUGCAGGACAUCAGUAUUUCUGCUGUAUAUUAUUAACAAUUCAUGUAGGCUGAGAAAGUUUCUGGAGAACAGGAUCUGAUGUCUGUAUUUUCUAUGGCAUGUGUACUAUCUAUUUGAAAUUGAUAAAACCUGUAACUUUUUCAGAAGUUGAGUGACACAGCUUGACUAUAAGCAGCAGGGCAUAGAAGACAUCACGCAUAUGUAAAUUCUGUGGAUAUUUCACAAAUACUGCAUUUGAAGCUAUGCUUUUGGUGAACUGUAGAAAGAAAACAAAUUAUUUGAAAUUAUUUUUACACAUUUUAUCAUUAAUAGAAUAGCCAGUGCAGAAAUACUACAAAAUAAAUAGCAUGAAAUUUAUUGAAAAGUA